AUGGUUAACGCUAUCUUAUCUAAAAAGAAGAAAUUAGUAGCUGACGGUGUCUUCUACGCUGAAUUGAACGAAUUCUUCACCAGAGAAUUGGCCGAACAAGGUUACGCUGGUGUUGAAGUCAGAAAGACUCCAUCCAAAUUGGAAAUCAUUGUUAAAGCUUCUAACACUCAAGGUGUUUUGGGUGAACAAGGUAGAAGAAUCCACGAAUUGACUUCUUUGAUUGUCAAGAGAUUCAAAUUGUCUCCAGAAGGUAUUGCUAUCUAUGCUGAAAGAGUUGAAGAAAGAGGUUUGUCUGCUGCUGUUCAAGCCGAAGGUUUGAAAGCCAAAUUAUUGAAUGGUUUACCAAUCAGAAGAGCCGCUUACGGUGUCUUGAGAUUUGCUAUGGGUGCUGGUGCCAAGGGUGUUGAAGUUGUCAUCUCUGGUAAAUUGAGAGCUGCUAGAGCUAAAUCCCAAAAAUACGCUGAUGGUUUCAUGAUCCACUCUGGUCAACCAACCAGAGACUUUAUUGAUAUUGCUAUCAGACACGUCUUGAUGAGACAAGGUGUUUUGGGUAUCAAAGUUAAGAUUAUGAAAGACCCAGCUGCUAACAGAUUCGGUCCAAAAGCUUUGCCAGAUGCUGUCAAGAUUGCUGAAGCUAAAGAUGAAGAUGAAGUUAUCCCAGCCCCAACUGUUAAAUCUUACAAACAAAAACCAGAAGAAGUUGAAGCUGAAGCUGAAGUUGAAGCUGUUGAAACUGAAACUGCUUAA